CACGCCAAAGGAAGAAGUUCCCGAUGAGAUAUGCAUAAAAAGGAACCUCAAAACAAGGAAGUUCCCACAUUCCUGAGCUCAGGUGAACAGAGAUCAAGACGGAGAAGAAAGGAAAGCUCGUCAGUCCGGCCUCCCGGGCCAAGGGACAGUUUGGGCACAAGAUCAUUUGUGACCUCUGUAAGUGAGCUAGACACCAAGACAUGCUGCAGAGUAAACGCGACCUGGGGAGGACCAUGGUGCUGGUCUUGGACAUUUGCUCUGGAGCAGGACAGCGAGGUCAUGGAAACAAGAGUGUGCCCCCACGCCGCCAAAACGAAUCCAGCGGGGCGUCGCUGGGUGGCCGGUCACGGAGAGGAUGAGGUACCGACAGAAAAGGGGACCUCCGUCCACGCGUGGACGACACGUCCAAAGCAGAAUUCGCUUGUGUGCGCUUCCACAAGCCCUGUGGCCACCGAGGUGGCGGUCCUCCGGGCGCCCAGAGCGGCCCGGAAGUGCGCGCGGCCGGGGCGGAGCGGGGCAGGGGCUCACUUCCGGCCGGCGCGGGCGCGGACGGCCACCUCCAGCUCCGAAGGUCCCAGGUGUGCACACCUUCAUCAGGCCUUGGGGAAGAUGGAAGCCCUGGGGGAUGGUCAGGAGCUCCCUUGUGUCUCGUCCCCUGUCAGCCUCGAGUCACCAGGGACACCAGGAGCCCACCACCACAAGGCUCAGCGUCCCCUCCGUGGUCAUCAGCACGGCUCCCCCAGCCGCUGCCCUGAGGUGCUCUCCCAGCCACUGAGGGAAGAGGAACUGUCGGACCUGGAUCUCCAAGACGUCAAGGAGGUCCAGCUCGGCGGGGACACGUGCUGGCCAGACUCCGAGCUGGAGCCCAAGCAGGCUCUGCCAUCUCCACACCUGCAGGGUCCUGCAGACGAGGUGGACCAGGACGGCGAGGCGCUGAGGACCCUUCUGAGGAGUCUUCCUCGGAGACCCACGUGUGGGGACAGCUUUGGGCAGGAGUCCAGCUCGGAGCAGCCCGCAGGCCAGCUGCCAGGGGCCGUGUCCUGUCCUCAGAAGAGGGGAGCCUGGCGCAUGACACUCGUGCCACAGGGAGCCUCUGGGACCAACGGCGGCUCCGAGCUGGGGGACAGCUUUGGCCGGGGCUCGGGCCUCGGGGCCCGGCAGGGCAGCCCGCGGGGCGGGAAGCCGCACAGGUGCGAGGCCUGCGGCAAGAGCUUCAAGUACAACUCGCUGCUGCUGAAGCACCAGCGCAUCCACACGGGCGAGAAGCCAUACGCCUGCCACGAGUGCGGCAAGCGCUUCCGCGGCUGGUCGGGCUUCAUCCAGCACCACCGCAUCCACACGGGCGAGAAGCCGUACGAGUGCGGCCAGUGCGGCCGCGCCUUCAGCCACAGCUCGCACUUCACGCAGCACGUGCGCGUCCAC